UGAUAAGUCACCACUUGAUAAAAUGACAAAACGUCUACCUUGAGGCUCUCUGGCUAAUGGCGUUAUCUUCGGCGAGUGCGAACAUGUCUGACUUAUAGACUAGGUGUGGUCCUGACAUUUGUUCCCAGAAUGCAACACUACCUCGUCGACAAGAGCAGUAGAUUGAAGGGACAAGGUAUCGUCAUAAAUAUCCAGGAAUUUCAUGGAAGACUGACCGCACGAGGGAGCACAGAUGGCCACGUCAUGAAACGUCAGUUUGAGCUGCUCGGACUCGAUACGACACUGGCUUAUGGCGACGUCACAAAAACAAGUCUGCUUGAAGAAAUGGAAAAAGGAAAGCGUUCGAUAAAACAGACAGACAGUCUGUUUGCGAUGUGUUUCAUGAGCCACGGAGAGAAAGGAUCCAUUAUAACGUCCGACUUGGAGAAAAUAAAACUACAAUAUAUUUUGGAUGAGUUCAACAGCAGUAAUUGCCCAGCGCUCAAGAACAAACCCCGUCUGUGUAUGUUUCAGCUGUGCCAGGAUGAACCCAAUGCAAAAGAAGACAUGGAUGAAGAUGAACAAGACAACGAAGAAAUGCACAACGCUUGUUGGGACUACACCAUUGAUCUGCGCGCAGACUUCCUCCUCGUCUUCGCCACCCCUGCGGGGUUCAAAGCUUGGCGCCAUUGUGAUGGAUCAUAUUUCGUUGACGCAUUCAAAGAAGCUUUGGAGGAACAUAAAGGCGAAGAAAUUGACAUGAAAAAGCUGUUCACCACGGUCGGAUCUCGUGUCGCCGAGAAGAACAUAGAAGUAAAGAGAAGAGAUGCAGGGAAGGAAAAGCCCGAAGACAGCACGAAGUUUGUGAAGCAGAUGCCAUGUAUCGUGAGUUCGCUCACCAAGGAUCUGAUUCUCCGACUGCAAUAAUGAAGGACGAAUUUCUCACAAGCGCGCAGUUCUUGUAUCCACGUUCCGAUGAAUUGAACAGACUGUAAUGACAUGCUUGAAUGGAUCUUUGUUGCGAUAAAGAGAAGUGUGCGCGCAAUGAAGUCUUUUUCGUCCACAUGCGGGCCUUAUUGUGUUGUUUAGUUCCGACUUCUCUGAUUAGCUCUUUGAUAAACAGCAAAUUACAUAUCAUCAUAGGCUUGUACGUCUUUCUGCCAUUCCUUGAUCGUGAAUCAUAAAAGAGAUCUGCAUAAAAGACUAUUGGAGCUCUCUA